AUGGCGACACUAGACUCUCCAUGUGAAAUUAGUACAUCAACUGCGAUGGUGGUGUAAUGGUGAGCAUAGUUGCCUUCCAAGCAGUUGAUCCGGGUUCGAUUCCCGGCCAUCGCAGGGGCUUUAUUUUUAUUUUCAAAAUUUAUUGUAUUUUUUUCUUUCUAAACUUUAAUUUCUUUAUCCAAUUGUUGUCUUUUUGUUAAAAUAAUGAAAUUUCAACUGCGAUGGUGGUGUAAUGGUAAGCAUAGUUGCCUUCCAAGCAGUUGAUCCGGGUUCGAUUCCCGGCCAUCGCAGAGGAAUUAUUUUUAUUUUUUAAAUAAAAUUUUAAUUUAUAUUAUUAAACUUAUGGGGUUUCUCAUAUUCAGAACGUUCAGUUACAAAACUGCGAUGGUGGUGUAAUGGUCAGCAUAGUUGCCUUCCAAGCAGUUGAUCCGGGUUCGAUUCCCGGCCAUCGCAGUACUUAUUUUUUGGUUCCGAAGAAAAUUUAUUUUAUACAAUCAAACAGAUAUUUAUACUGUUUGAAAUUACCAAUAUUCAAACUGCGAUGGUGGUGUAAUGGUCAGCAUAGUUGCCUUCCAAGCAGUUGACCCGGGUUCGAUUCCCGGCCAUCGCAGUGCUUCAUUUUUGUACUAUCUAAUUUUUCUUUUAGUUAGUAAUGAAUAUUUUGUAAUAUUCAGAAUUGUAUUUAUUUUACACUAAUACGAAAAUUAUGUAUUUAAUAGUUAAUCUAAUUUAGUAAUUUUUUUAUAUCUGAAUAAAAUAACGUGUUACAGUAUUUAAUUUAGAGGAAAACACUAGUACUGGUCGUUCUUGACAAUUCUUUUAUAAUUUUAUUUAUAUUUUUUGGUAUUGUAAUAUCUUCUUGUUUAGAGAAGUCUUCUUUCAAGAGAUCUUUUUCAGUAGAAUUGAUAUCUUAUGAUACCAACAACCAAUGAAAUACAAGUGUGAUUUGUAAUUUGUAGAUUUGGCAAUAGUGACAAGUGGUAACAAUGGCAACAACGCUACUUGACUCAGGCAAGCGGGAGUUGUGUCAGUUGAUUCUACGUGGUGAGAUGAGUUUACGCUAACUAGUAGAACAAUUAUUUAGUUUAUCAAACAAAGGCUGCAUAAAAAGGUGAAAUAUUGCAUAUUUUGAGUACCAACGACUUUAAUAAGAUAAUAAUUUUAUUAAAUAGCAAAACAAAUGUGACAUGGUAUAUUAUACAUCAAAAAUAUAAAAAUGGAUGAAUUACAUCAACACAUUCUUAGAAAGUUGCGGAAAGAUAUAGUUAAUGACAUGGAUGUGCAUAAUGGUAUUAUAAAACCAUUACAAUCCGAAUAUAUAUUAACAGAGCAGCAAAUAGCACUAAUUGAAAAUGGUGCAUCUAAGCAGCAACAAGCUGAAAUUUUAUUGGAUAUACUUCCAAGUUGUGGCCCAUAUGCAUUUGAUGCUUUUCGACAAGCUUUGAGCCAUCAUUAUGAAUGGUUGAGUGAAUAUAUGGAUAAACUUGAAGACUGUGGGAAAUCAUUUUGCGACAUAAAGCAUAUGGAUUCACCCACUCUUCCCCCAAUUUCGCCAUUAACUGUUGUGAGAGAGAAAAAAAUGAAACAGUUACAAAAUUAUUUGGAACGAUUACAACCAAAUGAAUAUAUUGUACUACAUGGUAUGAAAGGUUUUGGUAAAUCAUCUUUAACAGCUAGUACAUUAAAGGACUGUAAAUUUAUAAAAAAUAUAUUUUAUAAUAAAGUAUAUUGGAUCAAAUUUGGAUAUGAACGUUCGGUCGAUGAAGACAUAUUAAUUCAACUUAACAAACUUUAUCAUCUUGUUAGAAAUUUGGAGAUAUUGCCAGAAUACAAACCAGAACCUUUAAAAGACUCAUUAAUUCAUUUCUUGCAAAAUUACUUUAGUAAAGGAAAGCAUUGUAAUGCUCUGUUAAUUUUGGAUGAUGUUUGUCAUAAAAAAAUAAUUGAAACAUUUGAUUUUGAAUGUAAAACAUUAGUAAUUACAGCCGAUCUUGACGUUGUGUGGGAAAAAAGACCACUUGUUAUAGAGAUGAAUGAUGGAUUUACUGAGGCAGAAACUUUAGGUCUAUUUGCUAAAGUAUUAGAAACGGAAGUAGAAAAACUUCCUUUAGAAGCAAAACGAAUUCAUGAAGAAUGUAAAGGGAUGCCUUUGUUAAUAGCAAUGUUUUCUGCACAAUUUGAGGAAUUUAAACAUGACAUGAAAUUGCAUUCAAAUAGAUGGAAAUAUUACUUGAAUUCAUUAAGAAAUAAGGAUGAAAAAAAUCAAGUAAUUAAAAGAUUCUGGGAAAAGCAAGAAGCUAUUUUUAAUAUGUGCAUAAAUCAGUUACCUUCCGAUAUGAAAAAACGUUAUGAAGAAUUAGUUAUUUUUAGAGAGGAUGUUAACAUAACACCACAGACAUUAGAAAUUCUGUGGGGAGGAUGUCCAUUUCAAGUCGAAGAAAUGAUGCUUGAUUUAUGUCAUAAAUCACUUGCGGCAAAACAAUGGAAUAGUGAAUUACGUAGUUACAUUUAUGGUGUUCAUGAUUUACUACUGUGUCACUUAAGAAAAAAAUUUUCACAAGAUGAAUUAAUUCAAAUGCACAGAUCACUGAUUGAAAAAUAUCGUAAAUAUUGUAAUGGUAAUUUUUCGAAAUUACCAGCAGAUAAUUACAUAUAUUCGUAUAUUGGAUAUCACUUGGAACAAGCACAAUUAUAUGAUGAAUUUCCGAAUAUAUAUUUAGAUUUUAAUUUCAUUCAGGAAGCGAUAAUUCAUAGUGGCUUAAAUAAUUUAUUGAUCGACUUGAACAAUUAUAAAAAAUAUAUUACCAAAAAUAAUGAUCAAGUAUAUGAAAUGCAUUUUUCAGACUUGGAAAAAUUUUUAGGAGAACAAUCAAGCAUUAUAGCAGAACAUAGACGUAAAAAGUGUUUGGAUAUAGUACAAAUUGCCAUGAGUCAUCCUUAUGAGGGAUAUGUUAAAGAUACUGCUAUUCAACUUGCAAAAGAAAGAUCUAAAUACCUGUAUAUAUUUCAUAAUAAAAAAUUAAGGCAGAUGGAUAUGCCAUCGAGCGAAGAAAUGACAACGGAAGUGCACACGUUAUGUUUUACACAUGAUCCAAAUCUAAUAUUAAUUGGAAACGAAACAGGCGAAAUAUUUUUAUGGGAUAGCUUUUACAAAAGACAAAGAAUUUUUACUGGACAUGAUAAGAAUUGUUCUAUAAAAAAGAUUAUUAUAUCUAACGAAGGAGAUUGUUUUUUAUCGUUAGAUGAUCAUGGUAUAGUAAAGCUUUUCAAACUUUUUACUGAUGAAAAUUAUGAAGAAAAAAAUAUUCCAUUAAGUCCAAGACAAAAGCAAUCCUUUUGGAGUGGAAUUUUCACAAGUAAAAUUCCACAUGAUGAUAGUUCAGUAAUGUUUUCUGUUCCUGGUGAAAUUAUACUGGACAUGACAUUUGCACAUGAUAGUAGUUCUGUUGCAGCUUGUACAAAUAAAGGAAGAAUAAGGUAAUCUUAAAAAUAUAGUAUUUACAAUGGGAAGCAAUCUACUACAUAUAAUAGAUGAAAUAAAUGGUGUUCUAGUAUCGUAUUGUAAAUAUGGCAAAGAGUAUAAAUAUAUUACGCAAUACAAUCCAGACCUACAAGAAAGGAACAUUAUCUUCUUCCGCAGUGUGCCAGGACAAAAUAAUUCUUUAUUCAUUGUCACUGAAGAAAAAGCUGUAUAUGUGAAAUGGUUUAGAUCAAGUAAUAACCAUAUGCAUAGUUAUAGUAAGCAAAUAAGAGCAAGCAUUGAAAAUAGAAAAACUAAUUAUGUUUGUGCCAGUUUAACUAAUGAUGGUCAGUACAUAGUUUUGGCUGAUUCUGGUGGUUUUAUAAAUAUAUGGAAUAUAGACGUUGGAGUUCAACCAAUAGCUACUUAUAAGAGCCGUGUUUCGUCCUUGGAUACAUAUUGGCUAAAAGAGGAAGGACAUCACAUUAUUUGUGCCAGUGAAAACCGAUUACUGCAUAAAUGGAAACUUCCAGUGGAAGGAACCAAUAUUGCAAUAAGAAAACCUUUAUUUGAUGCAAAAGUACAGAAUUUUGGUGGUGUUUCAGAUACCAUUGUUACUGAAACGCUUUCAAAUACUAUUAUUGCAUUAGUCAAUGAUAAGAAAAUAGCAGAAACUGAACCAAUUAAUGGAAAAAUAAACAAUUUAAUUCUUCAUGGAGAGAAAGUAAUUUAUGUCACUGAUAAUGGCAUUGUUAAUAUAUUUGAUUUAGAAAACAAAAAAGGUAUAUGUGUGUUAAAUUUUCCAUCUAACGUGGAAUUAGUCAAAAUUUUGGACAUAAAAAGAGAUCACAGUAAUAACAUACUCGUCUGCAGAGGAACAGAUAAUAACUUAAAAGUGUGGGAAAAUAUAGAAUUAACAUAUUUAAUUGAAAAUGCAGGUUAUGUUAUUGCAAUUCAUAAGCUCAAUCAAGAAAGUGUAGCAACAGUGACUAAGAAUGGUAUAAUUAUAAUUUGGAAUAUUAAUGGUACAAAUUGGUUACGAGUAGACAGAGUAACAGUCGGAAAUUCAGAUAUAAUUAGUACUUAUAGUUGUUUAAGUUACCACGGAAGUUUUCUAGCUGUAUUAAAUGAGAAUGGAGAUGUUGUUUUAUUUAAAUUACAAAAGAAUACAAUAUCACUGCCAGCAUACAUCAAAAUAAUGGAAUAUUUUAGAAGAAGAUAUACCCAGAAAUUAUCGUGUUGUGAAAUUUCUCAAGAUGAGAAAUAUUUAGCUAUAGGUUUCGAAAACGGAGAUAUUUCUGUAAUUGAUAUAUCAACAUUUGACGAGAUAAGCAAAUUAUGCUUUCAUAUGAGUUCCGUUACUCAAUUAUGUUGGGCUCCGUCUGUAAUUAAGGUUCCAAUUUUGCUUUCUGUAAGUUCAGAUGAAUUAGUUUGGUGGAACGUUACUUUAGCUUUAUAUAUACGUAAACCGAAAUGGCCAUUAGUACGAAUGAACCGCAGUAUCAGUACUCCUUCCGUUGGUAUAGAAGAAAAUAUUUCUCCAUAUAUGACUCCUAGUCAAAGCAUAGACUCAUGUAUUUGCAAUAUGCAAAAUCAAGUAGAAAGUGAAGAUACUAACUAUAUAGAUAAAGUAACUAAGUUUUGGAAAUCCAAAGAGAGUAAAGAUUCCAACAAGCCAGCAUUACUAGCUGUUGUUGAGUUACCUUCAAAUUUUUUCGCUAAAGUAUGCAUAUCUGCCGAUUUUACGAAAUUUGUCACAGUUGAUAUAUAUGGCUCUAUUAGUACUUUCACAUUAUGUGGGUACGAUUAAUAAUAAUUGUUUUAAUUCAAUAUUUUUAUAAUAUUAAGUUUAUCUAAAAAUUUCUUAAUUAAUUUCUUAAAAUAAUAUAAAAAUUUUACUUGCGUGUAAGUAAAAAUUUGAUAUAAGCUCAAUGCAUUGAGUUUUAUAAACGAGUGAUAUGACAAAUGAGUGAAAUAAGACAUAUUUACAGAAAAUAAUUUGAAUAAUGCUGGCAAUUAUAAUUGCGAUUACGUUAAAUUUUUAUUACAGUAUACAAUUUAAUUGACUGAUGCUCAAGACUAUAAAUAGGAAACAUGUAAACUGUUUAACAAUGUCCUAAUACCAUCACUGCCAUUUGCAUUUAUCAGAAAAUUAUAAGAUCUCUUAUUUGUACAAUUAUACAAAGAAAACAAUAGUUCCAAUAGUUUUGACUGCACUUUUUAUACUGAAUUUAUAUAAAAUACAAUUUUUGGACAGAUAUUUAAAAUGUAAUUGCUAUACAUAGUUUAAAAAUUUUAUUUUGCUUAUUCUUUGUACAAAUAGUCCUUUUUGUAUACUUUAAACAAUUAUAUUCUUUAAUUCGUAAAACACAUACAUAUAGCAUAAUUUUACAUAAGUAUUAUUGCAAUAUGAAAUAUAUUUUAAUAUUAUAUACAUAAUUUUUGUAAAUAUCAAUGCAAUUGUGUUAAAAAAAUAGCAAAAAAAUUGUUCAUUUUUAAUGAUCAAAAAGUUUAUUGUAAAUACUAUAAAAAUACACAAAUUUAUAUUAAAUAAUGAAACUAGGAGAAAUUAGAAAUAAUUAGAAAAUUUAUUAAUUUGUGUUUUGAUAUUCAUUUUUUAUUAUUUAAAGAAAAUACUUUGUGUUUAAAUAAACCACAAGUAUUAAAUUUAUCAAUUAAUGAUUCGGC